UUAGAUUUUCGAAAUUCUAUCAGUACCAAUCGGGACCUCUAACAAAUCAGUGCGCAACAAAUGAUGAUUAGCUGACCGGAAUCGGUUGUUUAUUUUUUGAACUCGAGAGAUCGAUUUUCCUUUGUCGUGCAGAUAAACUGGAUGCUUUGUUUAUGGAGCGCAAUUUUCUUAUCACAUAUAAAAUGGCUGCCUCGGUUUAUGCAACACCUCCGCCGGAUUUCAGCGGUGAAGAAGCGGCCAUGAGUGACACUUCCAACUCAUCGCAAACCAACAGUUCGAACAACUCCACAAUGAAAGCAACGAAACGAUCCAUGUCUUCGGCCUUUUCAGGCUCGCCGCACGCUAUCAAUACUGCCACACAGCUCAGCUCGGACAGUAUUCCGGAUUUGUCCAAGAAGCGCCGUAAACAACCCAUGCCCAGUCGUAUUUCUGCAAACGGUACGGAAGAGAACCCCUCGAUCGCUGCUACCGAGAACCCGGAAGUAAUGGAUGAUAACGAAGAAGAUGAGGAAGAAAGCACCAUUGAAUCGAUUGCAAAUGCAUUCGCGGAACAGAAAAGUAACUUUCAGAAGAUAUUUCUGUCUAACCUAAGUCAAUUACAAAAGCAGCACCUAUUGAGGCAGCAGUUGGAAGAUCGAGUUGGAGAAUUCGUAGCAGCUGAAGAAGCAGUACAGAAUGGAAGCAACCCCAUAAUUUCUCUCAAAAGUCGAGAGAGCUUGUUUGAUUUAUCACUAAUUGAGAAGGAAUCGGCUGAUGAUAAAGAGGAAUGCCAAACCAUAACUGCGGAUAAAUCCGUAGAACAUUCAAAAGAUCAAAACGAAAACGUUCACACGACUCCCAAUUAUGACCACGAUUCAACAAAAAACUUAAACGAAUCUUUAAAUAAUGAUGCUACACACACAGAGAAACCGAUAAAUAAUGAAAAUAAAACGUCUGAUGAAAUGCAUAACGGCGAAACCCCAAGAGAUGUUCCCGAGUUUAACCUAAAGACAGAAUUGCUCCAAGAUCAGGAGUGGGACGGAGAGAUUCGCUCUACUUCUACCGCAAACGUUUCCAAGCCAGAGGAUUGGCUGUCCCUCCCAGGGUUGCCUUUUCCGUUUUCACCCGAAGCCGCUGCUGCCCUCUCAGCGUCGGGAUACAUGCCACAGCUACCAUUACUAGGAAUGCCAUCUGCUGCAUCUUAUGGAUCAACCAAUGAUUCCAAUCGUCCGAACGUACCACCGCUGAGGAUCUUCAACCCAGAAGCAUUCUGUGGGUUGUGCAAUAAGGAAUUUUGCAAUAAAUACUUUCUCAAGACACACAAGGCCAACAAGCACGGAAUUUAUGAACCACAAACGGGAGCUAAUGAUUCUCUGCCGAACGUUGGUCCCUUUAAUCCUCUCCAUCAGCUUUCACAAGUGUUCCAACUUCAACAACAGCAACAGCAGCAGCAACAACAACAACAACAACAACAAAACCAACAACAGCAACAGCAGACCCUCCAGGACCAUCAAGAAAAGACAAUGCACAGUCAGACUACCAGUCCGGAUGGUCCGGGUCCGCAACAACCCCAGAUACGGCCAGCGGUGUCCCCAAAACUGCCAAUAAGUUCAAUCCAACCGACAGUGUUUUGUGAUAUUUGUUUCAAAAAGUUCAGCAGUCUCAGUGCAAUGCGUAAGCACCGCAGCAAAGCUCACGAGAUUUCAAGUGCUAACCAACAACAGUCACAACAACUGCAGCAUCAAGCGUCAGACAUGGGUUCCAAGCCACCAUCACCGACCUCCAGUGCGGAACGAAUGAACCUGAAUGCGAUGCAAUUCCGGCUCCCGGAUGGCUUCCGUGAGGACUACUCUGUUGAGCAAGAAGAUGCAUCGUUCACUCCUCAGCCACGUAAGUUGUCUCCGCUGUCAAUCCAGGCAGCCCGGGAAGCUAACUUCUCCGUGGACAAAUUGAAGCGAUUAGGCGUUAUCAACCCGGAUGCAUUUUGCGAGUUAUGUUGCAAGGAGUACUGCAACAAGUAUUUCCUACGAACCCAUAAGCUGAAGAGACAUGGAAUAUUCUUACCGCUGGAUGAGAUCAAAGAAGAACGUAGCCCGUGGAACUUUGUGCAAACGAGUCCACUUAAUCUGAUCGUUGGGGGUGUCGAGAAUUCGCGGCUUCCGCCACCUUUGAAAAAGUUGCCUGAGAAAGAGGAGAACGGGGGUUUGAUGAUGGCGACGGCUUUGAAGGAAGAACUCUUGAAGAACGAUGAUGCCAAAACAGGAGAAGAUGCUCAAGGUGAGGAUCAGGAGGACAAAGAGGAAUCGGCGGCAGUUGAUCAGGAUGGUGAACCGAUUAGCGUGGACUUGCAGAAGCUACAGUCAAUGAUCAUGCAGUUGAGCGAUUUGAAUAACCAAAGGAAAAUGUCAUGCGGCAUCUGUGGAAAGGAGGUGGAGAAUCAGUACUUGCUGCAUACCCACAUGAUCCAGGAGCAUAAUAAUAUGAAUGAGAAUAACAAUGGACUCAAGUCUCCGUCGGCAGGCACCCCUAUGCCAUCGUCACCAAACGAGUACGAAGUGUGCAAGCAGUGCGACAAGGAAUUUUCCAACGCAUUCAUGCUAAAGCAGCAUCUGGUGGAGGUGCAUGGAGCGCAAAGUAUCAGUCCAAAGAGGGAAGGUUUCAUAACUCCGGAUCGGCCAACUGCUUCGUCUAGUAUGAGUAUACCAACGGGGCCGAACUAUGUUGACAGAAAGCCAACUUUUUCAAUGACACCAACUAGCAGUUAUUGUGAAAUCUGCAACAAGGAGCUGUGCAAUAAGUACUUUAUGAAAACUCACAUGCAGCGAAUGCACGGAAUAGAGAUCGAAAAUGGCGCUCAAAUUGGCGGUGUUGUGUGCAAUAUCUGCAAUAAGGAGCUAUGCAGUAAGUACUUUUUGCGUGUGCAUAAGCAUAACACGCAUGGAAUUGUGGAGGAAGGAGCUCCCUUACCACAACCUCGCAAUAAUGGAGAAGCAGUUGAUAACCAGGACUCUCAAUUCUCAUCAGAAAGCGGCCUGAAGCCAGGAGAAAUAACAGAUGUCAGUAAUCGAUACUACUCCCACUUCACAGAAGUUUGCCCUUUAUGUAGUCGUAGAUUCCGAAGCGCAAAAUGGUUGAGAGCACAUUUGCUGAGCGAUCAUGGAAAAAUAGGCGUGGAUAAGCUACGUGAAAUUGAACACAAGCUUGGUAGUGGCAGUAAGUCAAGCAGCCCUUCGUUGAAGAUCCCCAAUGGUGGAAUGAAUAUGAAUACUGCAGAGGUAAAAUUCAACCCUAAACUGCCAUUUGGGUUCAACCCACCAGAUGCCAAAUUUUUGGUGAAAAAUCCAUUUUCUGGAUUGUUUGGAAUGGAUCCUUCUGCCUCAAAUCUCGGUCCAAAAGGCUACCAAUGUUCGUAUUGCCCCUUCGCAACGCCCCUUCUUCCAUUGCUGUUCAUUCAUGAGAGAACCCACACAAGUUUGAGUAUUGUCCAACAGCAACUGAUGCAAGAGGAGCAAAAGCAUCAAAUUCAGUUACCUCCGUUGCAGUUGUCGGCUGUCAAGUCGGAGUCAGCGGUAUCAUUAGCAAAAGACAGAAAUCGUUUUUCGUUACCAAUGUCAGUCCCAACAUCAGAGACUCCAUCGUUGACGCCGGCUUCCACUCCAGUUCCUUCAAUGUCACAGGACGCAAUGACCGCACCAACAUCAUCAGUUCUACAACAGGAAGCCCCCGCACAGCAGUCUCCAGCAGCACGUGAAUCUCCACACGCUCGAGAAUCACCGAAGUCUACCUCACCUAGAUCCGAACAGAACACCAUGCUCUCGGACAUGGCAAACCUUACUCAACGGCCGGCCGUCUAUGCACUGCCCCAGCAGGCAGGACCACUCCUGAUGCAGUCGUUCCUAAUUGAGGAAUCAUCGUCAGCUGCAUCCGCGAAGGACGCCGCAGAGGAACCUGGAGCCACACUCGCAGGAAACAGGUUUGUACCAGCUGUUGUUUUCCUACCUGUUAAGGAGCGUAUCCUUUCUCCGAUGACAAUAUCGUUCACGCUUAGCCCUGCCUAGGGGACGGGUUUCCGAAUAAUGGCAGCGUAAAUUGCUUUUGUUCGUUCAGCCGAAAGAAGUUCAACCGAGAAGCAUCUGCAGCCAGAGUGGCUCGGUUCUAAAAUAUAGUCGCAGAGGUGUUUUGAACAAUAACUGUGAGAAUCAAGAAGAUGAAAUCCGCAAAUACGUACACAUUUAUCUCCGGGAACGCCGGAGCAAAGGGGAGAAGAGGAUUCAAUAAUCCUUCUUAGGGAAGAAAACUAGCAGUAAGGAGAAAAAAUCAAAAUGUAUAAACACUUAAUUACUAGUACACGUAUCGUUGUGUAGAUGUGUCUAUUGAAGGGUUAAACGGAAUAAAAGAAAGGAUGAGAAGAAAACGGAUUAUGUGCAACAGCAGCAAGAGCAGGUAAAUCCUUCGAUAACAAUAUGUUUGAAAUUUGUGCUUUGGGAAAAAAAUAGGAAACAGUGUAGAACUGAGAGUAAAAUCGCAUUUUAUGUAAAUCUUAUGAUUUCAGCUCAUCGAUGUAGCAAUUCCAUAUGCAUCAUUCCAACAACAUCUUGGUUUCAUUAUUAAAUCUCUGCUGAAAAAUGCUGAAUCAUUGCUUGAUGUAGUGAAGUAAGGUAAAUUGAUGUUAAACAGUGUAUAAGUUAGAGAGUUAUAACUAAUACAAGCUGACGUAGAAAAUUAAGCGUGCGAGGGAUCGACAUAAGAAGAAAUUCUUAGUGAUGUUCUAACAAAGUUCCUAUUAUGAGUAAAACUAGCGGAAAAGAAAGUAUCUCUUCGGGUAUGAUAGAUUUUUUAAGGAUAUUUACCACUGACACUUAAGGGCUGAUCACAAAUCGUGUCACGCUUGCAUGUAAGUCUGAGUAGGAAAGACUUGAAAACCGGUCGAAAUGAGUCCAGUUACCAAAAUAUGGUGGUUUGCUUUUGCCAAUUAUCGAUCAGUUUUGCUCAACGGGGCACAUACACAAAUGCGAGAAUUUAGUGGAAAACAACACUCAAUCAAUGGAACCAAACUAAAACUCAGGGUAAUUAAAGUACAAGCCAACAAGCAUAACUUUUAGAACACGAAGUAGAAAUAAUCCAACAAAUCUAGUCAAAUUUGGGUAUUACUGUUAACAUUCCAAAACUUUUUGGUUAUUGAAAUGAGAAAACAAAACUUAAAGUACAAUAUUGUGGACAGCACUCUAAUGCAAGCUUGUAGAAGCGAAAAGUAUGAUUGAUAAAUAAAAUAAUAAAAUACCUCAACCCGAAAGAAAUGAUUUGAUUUAACCCCAAUCGAAUUUCAAAAACCUCUGGUACGUAAUAAAAAACAAACAAACUAGUCGUGAUUAAUAAAUUUAAUAAAAAUUGUCAGCAUGUAUUGUAAAUAUAGAGUUAACCUAAUAUAUUUCAAAAUGACACAAACAAAGCAGAAAAAAGUUACCAGUUUCAAGAACAACAGAAAUAUGCACUUUUCGUAGAAUAGAUGUAUGUAAAUAUGAUCAGAAAACAAAAUUUUUAUUUCAAUUCUAGUCCUUAGUACCACUUGCUAGUCAAAACCUCGAGCGUAAAUCAUUUAUCAAAUUAACAAAAAGAAACAAAGUUUUGUUACAUAUUCUAUUGCUUCCGCCGUUAUUCGUAGAAACUAACACUCGCAGCUUCGGAAUAUAAGGAAGAAGGGGAAAACGAAAGUCCUUUGCACAUAACCGAGGUAAAAAAAACAAAAACACCUCAAACGGUUUCGCCUAGCGAUUACCCAAACAAAGCAGUGAGCACUCAGAGAAUAAUCUAAUCAGAACCAACAGCACGUGACUAUUGUUGUGUGCGUGGAAGACAACAUCAUUCAAACCGGAACUAGGACGUAAAAGUUGAUUUCGGCGAUUGCUAUCGAACAAUACAAAACUGUAAAACGCUGUGUGCCUUUUAGCAAUUGCUGACAAGAAGUGUGAGUGUGAAGGAGAAGCACCACAACACUCAUCGAUAGAGGAAACAAAUCUUUGGGAGGCGAACAUUGGAACCUCGUUAUCUGAUUACAUUUAAUUAUUAAUAUUUCAUAUAUUUGUAAUAUUUAAUUCGGGUGAUAUAUGAAGUGUUAUAAUUAAUAACAACAGAGAACAGCGGGAGAAGUUGUUACCAAAUAAAGAAAGAAUGCAAACAGAAGAUGAUUCUGCGAAAAUUGAAA